UUUCAGUGCUCUCACUGUUUAAUACCUCUAUCAGAACCAGAACCUUUAAACCCAAAGAGGACCCAGCUGUACCAGGUCUUGUCAUACAACAGCUGUUAUAAUUGGUCAGACCACAGUGUGUCCUCUGUGUGCUUCAGAAGACCACCCCCAGCAAUGGUAACUUCAUAACUAGAGUUUGCUUGUGUUUUUCCUUAAAAUAAUAUUCUUGUGUUUAUUACAACUCUGGAGUAGCCUCAACUGUUUUAUCCUUUUCAAAAGUGAAAGUAAGUUCUAAAAACAAGGUAGGAAGAGACUGAGUUUGAAAAGCUAGUCUGAGAACACAGACCAAUUCCCAGCAUCACAUCAUGUAAGCUGCAAUUCUCCAGUGACUGGCUUACCUGGUACGUGACAUCAUCUGCUCUUGUCUAUAGCUUGAUAAAGUCCUGAUGCUACUGGCCAUAGCCAGUUUCUGGGCAUGGGAAGGAAGCAGGACUACCCUUCUAACUUGAAGGAAAAUGCUUAAUGACAAAGGAUAUGAAACCAAAAAGGCAGUCAAUAAGCACAACUUAGCAUUUACAGAAGAAAAUUACUAACUUGAAAGAACUGCACUGAGCCUACUAGUUGUUUUGUUUGAGCCCCUGUGGCCAAGGAGUAUGCAUUACUCAUGCCAUGAUCAGAAGUAACAAAACUGCUGCAGACUGCAAAUAGAUUUUUCUCUUGUUUGUCAGAGUUUAGUUACAAACUGACAUUUUGGACCAAAAAAUAGAAGUUGAACUUCGGUUCCAUUUAACCCUCUCAUACUGAGACAAAUGCAAUUAAAAAAUAUACGUACAUAAAUUUUGCCAGGUACAAAAAAGAUGCAUGAAAAAAAAAAUCCUUCAGGGGCUGUUUUGCUCUGCACACUUAUAAAGGAGUUAAUAAUAUCACUGGACAGAUGGAUAUAAUCCAUCACACACUUUUUUUCCUUCACAAACACAGAAAGGCACAGGGCUGGUCAUUACUGCUUUUAAUUCUAACCCCCCAACCCCUCCCCCAGCUGUUACUGGAAUUUUUUGAAUGAGCCUCUUGAAUUCUGGUGUGCUAAUCAUUGAACAGGAGGCAAAAGUGCAGCCUUAGAGUAAUGAAUGAAAAAGGAAUAAAGUUACCAUAUGCUGUAAAAGCUAAGUUUGGAACGCGAGAGGCUGGCAGAGCAACCCCUCACAUCAGGACCACCCUCUGCCCCUUCCCAUUCAUUAACACAGCGCCAGCUCUUUGCUAAGUAACAGCCUUGCCUAAAAAUAAAUAAAAUAAAAAGAUCCCUUAUAAGGAAGCAUUCUGUGAAAGUCAACCCCUGCUGUUUUCUACAUGCCCAUUCCAUUCCCUUGAAGGAACAACAGUUUCAACACGCAUUGCCCUUAUCCUUUCUCCAUUCUUAACUUCUGCACCAGUUGUUGGCCAAAAAUAAACACCAUUCCACAACCAUAUAUGAGCAACAGCAUUCUGGUGUUCCCACCGCCUUCCAGCACUGCCAUCAUUCCAAUGCCAGCAGACUGUCAGCUUCUGAGCACGCUGCAAGGGCUAUGCACAUAACCCAGCUGAAUCGGGAAUGCCUCCUGCAUCUCUUUUCCUUUUUGGACAAAAACAGCAGGAAAAGUUUAGCAAAAACAUGUCAUAAAUUGCUAGAAGUGUUUCAAGAUCCUGUGCUUUGGUCUUUACUGAACUUUAAUUCUCCAGUGGAACUACAGAAGCGUAACUUUCUCCUGGGACCUGCUUUAAAAUACUUGUCCAUCUGCUGGUAUUCAGAGAGAGUCAAGGUGUGUAACAUUGAGGACUGGAUGAAAAACAAUUUCCAGAAAGACUUCUGUAGCAGGCAUGAGAACACUGUCACUGAUUUUUUACUAGAAGUUGGCAACAGAUGUCCCAACCUGCUAUCUCUGACCCUCUCAGGAUGCGGCCACGUUACAGAUGAUUGCCUUUUGCUUCUCCUCAAGAGCUGCCCAAGCCUCAGGACACUCAAACUGGAAAACUGCGCGCGGAUCACUGACCGGACGCUGGAAGCAGCAAUCCUCUAUGGGGGAUCACUGCAAACGCUGCACGUGGAUUUCUGCCGGAACAUAACACAGAGCGGGCUGCAGAGAGUUCAGCAAAAACGUCCCUCAGUAACACUGAGAGCAGAGAGGAGUGCUAACAUGAUUCCAGACAGUAAGCCGGAAAAAAAGAUGGUGGUUGAAAAAUUGGCCAGAAAAACGGCUCUGCUUUAAGUCAUAAGGAUGGUUGAUUUCCACUUACCUCUAGUGUGGCGCUACUUCAACUACCUGUAGGUAAUCUGCGCUCUGGUUUAAGUCCAAAUAAAUGGCUGAAUGUUUUGUAAAAGCUU